AUGAAUAGAUUAUCCUAGUUGAGUGGACAAUUUGAUGAGGAAUAGAAAUUGCUCCAGCAAAUAACUGAAUUGGAAAAUUGGUUCAAGAGUCCACGUUUCAAUAAUGUUUUGCGUCCAUACACAGCCAAAUAAGUUGCUGAAGUAAGAGGAUCGAUUGUACCUAAUCAAUUCUCUGAUUUCAUGGCAAGAAAAUUCUACACUCUCAUGAUGGAUUUAAAAUAAAGCAAAGGCUUCUCUCUUGCAUGUGGAGCCUUAGAUACUGUGUAAGUUAUCAAUAUGUCCAAAUACAUGACAUCUAUUUAUGUAUCAGGUUGGCAGUGCUCAUCUUCAGCUUCAACUACUAAUGAUCCAGGUCCUGAUUUUGCUGAUUACCCAUACGACACAGUGCCUAAGAAAUGUGAUCAGCUAGUCAAAAUGCAAAGAUUUCAAGACAGAAGAUAGUAGUAUGAAAGAAGUCUAAUUACAGCUGAAUAACGAAAAUAAAAAAAACCUUAUGAUUAUCUAGUUCCAGUUAUUUGUGAUGCAGAUGCUGGAUUUGGUGGUACAAGCAGUGUUAUGAAAUUGACAAAAUUAUUUAUUGAAUCUGGAGCUGCAGGAAUUCAUUUGGAAGAUCAGAGACCUGAUUUAAAGAAAUGCGGUCACAUGGCUGGAAGAGUUGUUACAUCUACUAAUACUCAUGUCUAAAAACUCAUAGCUUCUCGACUUCAAGCUGACAUUAUGGGAAAUGAGUUAUUCAUUAUUGCCAGAACUGAUGCAUUAGGAGCAAGGUUCAUAGAGACCAAUGUGGAUUUGAUUGAUUAACCAUACAUUCUAGGAGUUACCAAGUUUCAUGAUAAACCAUGCACUUAUCCAGAGGCAGGAGUUUUUAUCAUUGAACAAAUGAUUGACAAAGAAAAGAGAAUACAAGCCACUAAUUAAUGGUUGAAAUAAUGUGAAUCAGGUGGAAUCAAAAGAGCCAAAGACUUAGCAAAGAGAUUGGGAUUUGAACUCGAUUUCGAUUGGGAACAAUGUAGAAAUCCUGAUGGAUUCUAUGCUCUUAAGAGUAGUGUGCAUUAUUGUGCAAUAAGAGCCAAAGAAUACUUGAAAUAUGCAGAUGCUUUAUGGAUGGAGACUUCAACUCCUGAUCUGAAGGUUGCUAAGGAAUUAUCUGAUGAAUUACAAUUCGAACUUCAGAAUAACAAAGUCCUUUGUUACAAUUGUUCUCCAAGUUUUAAUUGGAGCAAAUUUGGAUUCUCAGACAGCGAACUCAAAAACUUUAAUUCAGAACUAGGGAAGUUAGGAUACACUUGGCAGUUUAUUACGUUAGCGGGAUUUCAUUUGAAUGCACUACAAAGUGAAAGAUUCUCCAAGGAUCUAUCAGAAAGAUAUAUGCUGGCUUAUGUGGAAGAUAUUUAGAGAAAAGAGGAGAAACAUAAUGUUGAUUAAUUGAGACAUCAAAAAUGGUCUGGAGCUGAAUUAAUUGAUCAUGUCAUGACUAUUGUUAAUCAAAGUACAUUGAUAUCUUCAGGCGAAGACUCAACUGAACAUUAAUUCGACAAUAAAUGAUUACGUGUUAAAUA